UGGGCGGUGCGACAUGCUGCUUACCAAAGGAGUAAACAGUAGCCUGUCUGCCACGCACAGCUUAUUUUUGCAACCCCCACAGACAGCCCCAAUUCUAGUAAAAUCCCUGUUUUUCUAGUUUCCCCCUUCUCCCCCCGUUGUCUGGCAGGGGCUUUUAACCCUGGCCCCUAUUCCCUAUGCCUGAUCUUGCCCCUCUCCUUCUACUAGCUGCGUGACUCUUUGGGGCGUGCAGUCUGGCUCCCCGCAGUGCAGAUUGCAUCCCACCUCUCCGGUUUGUCCCCGGUCCCCUUGUAACGCGGCUGUGGGAACAGGGACGUUGUAUCCUAGUAAGGGCAGCAGGCGGGCUUCAGCCGCAGAUGUUCGUGAGUAUGUUCACUCUCCACGGGCAUGCUCAGUAGCGCAAGGCUGCAUAUUGCGCUGGGGAGCGAUUGGGAUACACUUAGCCGCCGCCUCCUCUAGCAUCUAUCGAUGUUCUCAGGGCUCCGGUCGCCAUUUUAGGGGGAGAGCAAGGGAGGCAGAAAGACAGGCUGGCACCCGCAAGGCAUUCCUUGCUCACAAUGUAUAGAACAAAAGUAAGCUUGAAAGAUCGUCAACAACUUUACAAACUGAUUAUUAGUCAAUUGCUGUAUGAUGGAUACAUAAACAUUGCCAAUGGCCUGAUAAAUGAGAUAAAACCACAAUCAGUCUGCGCACCCUCUGAACAACUGCUGCAUCUGAUUAAACUAGGAAUGGAGAAUGAUGACAGCGCAGUUCAGUAUGCAAUUGGACGCUCCGAUACAGUAGCUCCAGGAACAGGGAUUGACUUAGAAUUUGAUGCAGAUGUCCAGACUAUGUCCCCCGAGGCUUCUGAAUAUGAGACUUGUUACGUCACAUCUCAUAAAGGACCAUGUCGCGUAGCUACAUAUAGCAGAGAUGGGCAGUUAAUAGCUACAGGAUCUGCAGAUGCCUCAAUAAAAAUUCUCGAUACAGAGAGAAUGUUGGCAAAAAGUGCUAUGCCCAUCGAGGUCAUGAUGAAUGAGACAGCACAGCAGAAUAUGGAGAAUCAUCCUGUUAUUCGGACUCUGUAUGAUCAUGUGGAUGAGGUUACAUGUUUAGCUUUCCAUCCAACAGAACAGAUCCUGGCAUCUGGUUCAAGGGACUAUACACUUAAAUUGUUUGACUAUUCGAAACCUUCUGCUAAAAGAGCCUUCAAGUAUAUCCAGGAAGCAGAAAUGUUACGCUCCAUCUCUUUUCAUCCUUCUGGUGACUUCAUACUUGUUGGUACCCAGCACCCUACCUUACGGCUUUAUGAUAUCAAUACGUUCCAGUGUUUUGUGUCUUGCAAUCCUCAAGAUCAACACACCGAUGCUAUAUGUUCAGUAAACUAUAAUGCAAGUGCUAACAUGUAUGUGACAGGAAGCAAAGAUGGAUGCAUCAAAUUAUGGGAUGGAGUUUCAAAUCGAUGUAUCACUACUUUUGAAAAAGCACAUGAUGGAGCUGAAGUCUGUUCUGCCAUCUUUUCCAAAAAUUCAAAGUACAUCCUGUCAAGUGGAAAAGAUUCUGUAGCUAAACUAUGGGAGAUAUCCACAGGUCGAACACUAGUCAAAUAUACAGGAGCUGGUUUGAGUGGACGGCAAGUACACAGAACACAGGCAGUCUUUAACCACACAGAGGACUAUGUGUUGCUUCCUGAUGAAAGGACCAUAAGUCUCUGCUGCUGGGACUCAAGAACGGCAGAACGGCGAAAUCUUCUGUCAUUGGGGCAUAACAGCAUUGUCCGGUGUAUUGUUCAUUCUCCUACCAAUCCUGGUUUCAUGACAUGCAGUGAUGACUACAGAGCUCGAUUUUGGUACCGAAGGUCAACCACAGACUAAAGACAGUUUAAUAAAACAGUGAUUACCUAGAUGAAUUAUACCAUCUUAUAUUAAGCGUACUGCCAACAGAUGCCUGAACAAGAGCCAUGCUGUGUCCGUAUUUAACUUUGUCAAACAUGGUGAGAAAAGUACUGAAAUUCAGUUUUCCUUCACUCACUGACCUUAUUAGUGUAUAUGGCAUCAGUUGUGUAAGUAGUCUCAACCAUUAUUCUUGAAUACAAUUAAUCCUUCCUGCAGGGAUAGUUUUAAACUUGCUCUUACAUGUCUGAAUUUUCAGAAUGUUAGUAACUUAAGUGAAUCUUGCUCAAUCUGUGUAGAAUUUCUCCAUUACGUCUGUGCAAACGUAUUAAAGAAUUUUUUUUAAGAAUGGAUUGCACAAAUUCUCAGCAGAACUUGUCCAGAUAUUUUAAAGAAGAAUUAAGUUGUAUUUCAGUUUUGAUAUAUGCACUGUGCAGUGAAAGCUCUGGUUUUGUAUCUUUUUAUUCUAUUUUCUUUUUUAAAUUUGCCAAGUAGCCCUCCAUCUCUGAGCCAGAAUUUUGUGCCAUAAGAAUUUGAACAUCCAGUUUUUUAAAAGGUUUAGAUGAAUUCAACAGAUGAUGAUGUUUUAGUUCUGAUAUUAAAGCUCUCGGACUUGAAA